AUGGCAAACAACAACAUAGUGAACAGUGCUCACUGCAAAGCAUGCCGCCUGGUGCUGAUGGUCAGCUUAGACUCCCGAGUAAGAGAAGUCAUCAACAGAAACAUGUUGGAACCAUCCCAGCACAUAUUUGAUGAUGCCCAACUUCAGAUUUACACCCUAAUGCACAGAGACUCAUACCCCCGCUUUAUGAAUUCUUCUCUGUACAAAGAUUUACUCAAGUCCUUAUCUGAGAAGUCUAUUGAAGCAUAG